AUGUACAGCUGGUUGCUGCAGCAGCCACAAGAAGGACUGCAACGCCUCUUCUCCGUCGAUAUAGAGCCGCAGCUGCUGCUGCAGCUGCUACGGGCCCUGGCUUCGCAUCUCUCUACUCUUGCUGCCUCGCGCUGCAGCAGCUGCUGCUGCUGCUGCCAGACACGAAGCUGUCCCGUUCCCUCAGCAGCAGCAGCAGCAGCUGCUGCUGCUGCUGCUGCAGCAACAGAAACAGCUGCUGCUGCUGCUGAUGCAUCUGCCUUUUGCUGCCGUAUUGCUUAUCGAGUCUCUCUUACUGCAGGCUUCCUCAGCUUCUUGGCGGGGCUGCAUGCAACAGCAAAGGCAGCAAGGCUGCUGCUGCAGCAGGAGCUGCAGCAGGUUACCGCCUCCUUUGAGCAGUCUCUCGUAGCCAUACACUCGACUGUCGUCCCUGCUGCUGCUGCUGCUGCUGCAGCAGAAGAAUCCCCUGCAGCACCAGCAGCAGCAACAGCAGCAGCAGCAGCAGCAGAGGAGGCCCCUGCAGCAGCAACAGCGACAGUAGACGGGAAGACUGCCUGCUGCUGCUGUACGAAAAAGCCACAAACAGCAGCAGCAGAAGCAGCAGAAACGACCGCUGCAGCAGCAGCAGCAGAUGCAGCAGCAGCAGCAGAUAAGCAAAUAGACUGCUGUGAAACCAAGCAGGCAGUGCGCGCGCUGCUGCAGACGCUGGGGGCGCCACCACUGUCUAGCUGA